UCUACCGGCCAGCUCUUCUGACUUGUCAAUCCAUUUCGUUUUAAGGCCCUGUGGAUUGAUUGUGGAAAACUACUUAUGAACACCUUUUGUAUGGCCACUGUGCCCUCCCUCCUCGUGCUUAUCUCAGGGACUGCCCUUUCCUCAUUGAUAGUUGUCAAUCAAUCGACUGAGUCCACUACGGACAUACAUAUCGAGUGACCUGGUCGACCUGGUGAAUGCCCGUGGCGCCUGGGAUUGAAACACCCCAUCCUUGGGAAUCCCACCAAUCUGACCUUAUGGCCGCCAUGGAAGUCCGUCGUCGGGCCAAAGCCGAGGGUCCGGAUGUGCCCACGGUUCGAUCGCGCUCAGAUUCGACUGACCGCGGGGCGGCCCGUCGUUCGGCCGCCUUAGAUCGGGGUUGCACGCGUUUGAUCGCUGUGGUGUUCGUGUGCGGGGCGUGUUUGACCAGUGUGUUGCUGUAUCGACCCCAAUGGGUGCCCGCCCUCGUCCACGAGCGCCUGGAUCGGGCCUUAGGGGCCCUGGGUCUGGCAGAGCAAGAGUAUGCCGUGGUGAUCGAUGCGGGCAGCACGGGCUCACGCGUCUUGGCUUUCACCUUUCAUCGGGGGUUGUUCGAUCGCCAAUUGCGCUUGGACGACGAGUUGUGGUCGCAGAUCAAGCCCGGUCUUUCGAGUUAUACGGUCAACCCGGCCGAUGCGGGCUUGAGUAUUCAGAGUUUGCUGGAAAAAGCCCAGGCCCGCAUUCCCCGGGCUAGUUGGGCCCAAACCCCGCUCACAUUAAAGGCCACGGCCGGACUGCGUCUGUUACCGCCCGAUCAAUCGGCCGCCAUUUUGGCUCACGUGGAAACCACGCUCCGCGCGUCCGGCUUUCAACCCGAAUCCAACCUGAUCGAGAUUAUGAACCCCAUGGAGGAGGGCCUCUUUGGCUGGUUCACCGUCAAUUUUUUGGCUCAAGGCUUCGGUCCCGGCGGGGUGGCUCACAGUUUAGCCUCGCUAGAUUUAGGCGGCGGGUCUACGCAAAUCACCUUCGCCCCCACGGCCCCCGUCCCGGGUUUGACGGGUCGAAAGCACUACACUCACCGGGUGUCGGUGCUAAAGCAAGAUCUGGAUGUAUACUCGCACAGCUAUUUGGGCUUAGGCCUUAUGACCGCACGUCAGGCCAUCUUUCAGGCGGGCGAUCAAUCCGCCUUGCAAUCCCCGUGCGUCCGCGGGUCCCAAGCCUUAACCUGGUCGUUCCAAGGGCGAGAAUACGCCAUUCAGAGCCAUCAGCCCUCGUUCGAUGCCUGCUUGAAAUUGGUGCAGGCCGUGAUUAAAAGCGAAAACGUCCACGUGCCCGAUGAAUUGAUGCGGAGACGGGUCGUGGCCUUCUCCUAUUUCUAUGACAAGGCUAAAGAGAAUGGUCUGAUUGAUCCCGAAGGAACGGAGGGCACCAUCGUGCUUGGCGAUUAUCUGAAAGCGGCUAAACGCGUAUGUGAUCGGGAAUCCGGCUUUCAUUGCGUAGACCUGACCUUCAUAUAUGUGCUUUUAUCGGACGGCUAUGGAUUGAGUGACAACAAGACCAUUCAGCUGUACAAGAAAAUCGACGGGCACGAAGUGAGCUGGGCCCUGGGAUUGGCUUACAACAUCUUGGAGCGGGUCUAGGCCCUCUUUCUUCUAGCACCUCAAAUUCAUUCAGCCGCUCAAUCGAAGUCUUGAAUUGUGCCACAUCCACAUCCAUCCCCCUAAUUGUGAUGUUUUUUUUUCCAUAUAUACAUUAAGCCUACUUAACCACCGUUCCACUUUAGGUCGUCUUCCAAUGCAACUCAAGCCCCGCUGAAAACCAAUCAUCCACCCUCUUGUUACUUUAGA